AUGGAAGUAGCGCAGCUCCAAGCGACCAAGUCGGAGCUUGAGCGAGCCUUCCUAAAGGAGCGAGAUAGCUCCAAGUGGACAAAAGAGCACUAUGAUGAGCUGUGUGUUGCCUUGGACAAGGCACUGGAAUGGGGCCUCGGUGAGCCUCGCGACAAGCUCGGGAUCGGCGCUGUCACGCUCGUCCAAGAGGUUCUCCAUGCGUGCAACGCGUACGAGAAGGCGCAGAUCAAAAUUCAGUUGAGCAAGUCGAUGGGCCCCGACGACAUUCGCGUGUGCAACGGCAAGACUGUGAUCAUCGAAGAGUGCGCGCGCAUCCUCAGUGGCUUGAACAACUUGAGCCAGCAGAGUUGGAACGACGCGGUUGUGGCCCCGGAGGUCAACGAACCCAUCAUCUUCCAAAACUCUCGAAUCGAAACCAUGUCCAACGACGUGCGCUCCAAUGUCAUCUUGAUCCGAAAAGCGUAUCGCCGCAUGGAUGGCGACAUGUGGCGGGUGGAGGACGGCCUUCGCAUGGUGAGCGAUGCGGUGUCUCAAUACGACCGCCUCGUACAACGUGUGGAGUCAGAAGUCACGUCGCGCGAGCGCUUGGAAGCCGACGCGCGCAUCAACAUGAACAGAACCAAGCCGCAGACGACGGCCGCCAUUGCCCAAGAGAUGUCACAAAUCAGCAGCGGAACCAACGCGACCCCGACGUCACUGAUCCAUGACGACCAGCGCAGGAAUACGCUGAUGCAAUCCGUCGCGGCGCGGGCGACUGCUAUCGAGAUGGUCGAUCUGCAGCACAUUCUUGCCGAGCAAAUGCAGCAAGCAGUCGUGGCCGACGAUGGGCGGCACGAUGAAAAGUACGACAGAUUUGAUGGAAAUGCCACGACAAUGCCGACGGACGGCGAGGGCGAACAGUUUGCACAAUCGCUCUUUGGCGACGUCGACGGCGACACAACCGACGGGGCGCAGGCAACGCCGACCACGAGCAAAUUGAGAGCCAAGCGAUCCCAGCGACUGCUGGAACAACGCCUGGCAACAAACUUUCUCGACUUUUCACAGUGA